GGGCGCGGCGGCGGCGGCGGCGCAGCGCGGAGGCGUCCCCAUCCCCCUGGCCUCCUUGCUGGGGCUGCUGCUUCUGCGGUCGCGGUAGCCGCCGCUGCCCGGUGCCCGCCUGUGCCCAGUGCUCGCCUGUACCAGCGCCUGUGGCUGCUGCGGACCGGACGGCUCGAGCCGCCCCCACCCACCAGCAUCGGAGCACACAGGACAAAGAUGGACUUCAUGGGCGACCGUCGGGCGUUCCCGGUGGAGGCCAGCGCAGGGGUGUGCCGCACCCUCUUCGGGCCCGUGGACCACGAGGAGCUGGGCCGUGAGCUGGUGGGCAAGCUCGCUGAGAUCAGUGCGGAGGACGAGCGCCGCUGGGAUUACAACUUUCAGAACGACAGGCCGCUCGUGGGCCCGGGCCGCCUGCAGUGGCAGGAGGUGGACGAACACACGGUGCCCGCCUUCUACCGCGAGACGGUGCAGGUGGGCCGCAGCCGCUUCCCGCUGCUGGUGCUGCGCCCCACGGCCUGCCCCCCGCUGCGCCCGGCGCCCGGCUGUGCCCCAGACGACGAGGGCCCGGGGCCCGAGGGUACCGCCGAUGCCCCUGUGGUGGCCAUCACCGAUGAGCUGCCCCUGGACGCCGACAUCGACUUGGACUCGGGCUUCACCAUUCUGGCAACUGCCCGAGCCGGUGCCCCCGCCAGCAACGCCCUCAUCACAGCAUUCUUUGUGAAGCGGAAGAGACCCCGAGCCUUCAAACCCUUUCAUCUGGACCACGAUCUGCCCCGAGGGCGGAGCCCGGAUCCGGUCCCUUCGAGCCCCGAUGGCUCGGACGGCUCGGGCUCAGACAGCUCGGUGGGCAGGUCGGGCCGGGACAGUCCAGCCGGCCGCACUCGCCGUGUCCGCCGCACCCGGCGGGCCCGCCCGGCCGCCCCUCCCUCUGAUCAGAGGCCCUGUAAGCGGAGUCGGUAAAUAAGCCUGUAUUCCAGCCGCCUGCCGAUGGCCUCCACUCAGACUUCCCUGCACCCCGGAGGACAGGGCAGGUGCAGGAGGAGGGGGCAGCCCUCCCUUGAGCGGGUGAGCCAGCUGUCCAACCGGGAACCGCCUCCCUUCAAGCGAGCCCUCAGAAGGACCGACCCGCCUUUGUACUUUGACGUAGCAACCGACGGCUGAGCCUGCAGCCCGCCCCCGGGGCAGUGUUUAAGAAAAAAAAAUCCAGUAAAAAAACAAGUUUGACAACCGUGCAAUGUAUGAAGUUUUAUGUAGAAAUUGUUUAUAGCCUGAUGUGAGUAGCUGGUCCCAAAGUGCGAGAGCUUUAAGAAUCAUUUAUAUAAAAUGUGUAAUCUCUGCUGGAAACUCCGUGCCCAGCCAGUGUAUAUUUGUACAAAAGUGUAAGAAGUUAUACGUGCUAAUAACUUAAUUCCCUAUUUAUGGCAGAACUCGUUGACCCUCACUUUGGCUCUGGGGAAUGUGGAGAGACCGAGCCCGCAGCUGAGCAGCCUGGGCAGGUGGACUGGCAGGGUCCUUCCUCCAGAGCUCAGGCCCGGCUCUCCAGCUAAAGGAACCCGGCCUCUAGGUUUUGGGCUAUUUUUUUUUUUUUUACUUGAAAAGCCAAAUCUGUUUCCGUGAUUCCUGAGCCGGUCUGUACCACUGCCGUUUCAGUCUUACCACACCGUUAAUAAUAAAGACUUAAAUACUU